CGUAUUCGUAUCCGCGGAACAAGCAGCGAAGGAUCGGAGCCUAUCCAAUGGCCGAGGGCAAGAGCAGCUCCGGCGGCGACCUGUUCUCCAGCGGCAAGCUGGUGGCGGGGGCCGCCGUGUCGGUGUUCCAGCAGAAGAGCGUGGAGAACGUCGACAAGCAGGAGGUCGCCGGCGCGGCGGCCGAGCUCCUGCACGCGGCGUCCGCGUACGGUAAGCUCGACGACAAGCCGGCCGGGCAGUACGUCGAGAAGGCCGAGGGGUACCUGAAGGAGUUCAGCGCGGGACACGCCACCGAGCAGGAGCAGCCUGCGGCGGCAGCAGGCGACGACGCGGCGCCCAAGUCACCGGCGCCGGAGGCGCCCAAGGAGCCGGCGGCGGUGCCUGCGCCGGCCGCGGAGGAAGGCAGCAAGUCGUCGGAGGGGUUCGGCCUCGGCGACGUCAUGAAGGGCGCCGAGCAGCUGGUGGGAGGGAAUAAGCAGGGCGGCGGGGAGGAGAGCGCCGGCGGCGGUGGGCUGUUUAAGAUGGCCCAGGGCUUCCUCAAGUAGAUAUUGUCUGGCCAACGUAUAUACGAGUACGUAAUUAGCUUCAAAAUAAUGUUCCCCUCGCCUUUAUUUGCUGUUCAAGUCCCUGUAAUAACCGAGAACGUUAAUUGUAGCAGUGUGUUUUUUAUAUGAUUAAAUAAGUACUAUGUUGUAUAAGGCUAGUGCAGCUGUGCAGGUUACUCUAUAUUCUUACUCUAUAUCACUAUUUGUAGUCUACUCAUCAAUUAAUAAAUAGAUUGCUUGAUAAUAUACAUCAAGAAGGAGAUCACCAUAGAGUUCAUAAC